CUCGUCACUUUCACUUUCCUUUCCUGCGCCACCAGCCCAGGCACUUCCUGUUCCUCCGCCUGGCAUCGGUCCCCGCCGUCCUCCCAGGCUUCCCGGGCGCCCGCUGGCCCAGCCCCUCGACCGGGAAGGGGCCCGCGCGGGGUGAUCACUGUGAGCCAUGGAAAAGGCUCUUCUUCAGCAUUUCAUAUGCCGGAAACUGGAGAUUUCCUAUGCCAUACAAAAGCCAUUUCCCUUCUUUGAAGGCCUCCGAGACAAGUCCUUCAUCACUGAGAAAAUGUACAAGGAAUCGCUGGAGGCCUGUACAAAUUUGGUCCCUGUGUCCAGAGUGGUGUACAACACUCUCACCCAACUGGAGAAGACAUUUAACCUUUCACUUCUGCUGACAUUGUUCAGCCAAAUUAACCUGCGUGAAUACCCUAAUCUGACGGAGAUUUUCGGGAGCUUCAGAAGUGUGGGUGCUUCCUAUGGACAGAGGAGCAGAACCACAGUCCUGCCACUCAAAGCCCCAGCAGAAAGGUACACGCUGCUGCCGCUGAUCCCGCCUCACCCUCCCUCACUGAGUCAUCUGUCCUGUGCGCCCAGAGUCAGUGAGCCCAGAGCAGCCUUGCAGCAAAUCCACGUGACCCUGGAUGAACUGCCCAGCACCUCUGAGCCUGCCACGCCUCCCCCUGACCUAAUCCAGGAAGGAAGAAGCACUCCAGCGGCCAGUGACGACUUAACACCUGAAAUAACCGAGGAAGAAGACUCCCAAGAGAUGCCCAGCACUCCUCCUGGCGCUGGGCAAGUGGUGACAGAGAAUUCUCCAGAGUCAAAUGACCCAGAGGAGCCCCACGAGGCACCUAGCACACCUCCAAAGAAGAAAGGAAGAAAAAUAAGAAGAAAUAUCUGGUCAACUCCAAAAAAGAGACGUCAGAAAAAAAGCUGCCCGAGAGAGGCUGCCUCACCUGGGCACAGAGAUGAAAAGAAGCUCCCAAAGCUGGAUCAGGAGACUCGGAGGAAGGAUCACUCAACCUGCAGCCCCAGGGUGGUGACAAGGGCCCAGAAGGCUAGGAUCACACGUGCCCGGGCAUCCAGACAGGACCAAAAACCUAAAGAUGACCUCAUGGACUUUCUGUCUCCUGAACUUCCUGUGACCUGUGGUACAGCAAAAGGGAUUUUAUAUAAGGAGAAAAUGAAGCGAGGCUCCUCCGAGAAGUGCAUUCAGAAUGAAGAGGGAGCGUGGUUCACACCCCAAGAAUUUGCCAUUAAAGGAAAAGGGAGAAAAGCAAAAAACUGGAAGUGGAGUGUGCACUGCAAAGGAAAGACCCUAAGUCAGCUGCUGGAAGUAUUGCAGUGACCAGAGACGGCAGGUGACGGGUUUAACCUCGGGAGGGCAGCAUGGCAGGCCUGCGAUGGCUGUACCACCCUCUCCUCCUCGUACCUUCUCUACUAGCUCAUCCACGUCCUCCAGGCUCAGGUCCCACUCGUGAGCUUCAUAUUAGGUGUGAACUUUCCAUCUCUCCUGUCUCGCCUGGGAGACUGGCCUGACCCUUGGCUGGAUUCAUUCGGAGUUUAAGGCACUGAUCCUGCAGUGAUAUCUGUGGUAUGAACCAUCUUUUCCAUGCUGAUUGGAAGUACCGUGGGAAUCAGGGAUGCUCAGCGUAAUAGCAAAAAGUUAUGGAAGAGCACAAACCCCAUCAAUAUCAUAAAAUAAACCGAUCUAUCUUCAGAAUGAAUUUUUAAAAAAAAUAUAUGUGGGUUCCUAGGUAUUGCUGUGGUUUGAAUGUCCCCAAGAAAACUCAUGUUGAAAUCCAGUUUCCAUUGUGAGGUGUAAGAGGUGAACACUUGAUCCAAUCACGAUGUGUAGAAGUAUGACCUCUAGGAGGUAAUUAAGGUUAACUGGGGCCAUAAAGGUGGGGUCCUCGCCCAGUGGGACUGUGGCUGUAUAAGAAGAAGGGGAGAGACCUGAGCUAGGACCCUCUGUCUUGCCAUGUCAAUGUUGAAUGGCCUUUGAACUUACCAGAUUAGGCCCCUGAUCUUAUCUUGAAUUUUCAAUGCCCAUGAACUGAAAAAACCUUUAUUCUUUAUAGAUUGCUCUGUCUGGGGCAUUGCAUUGUAGCAACAGAGAAUGGGAAGCCACCAACAAGUUUUGAGUUAAGAUUAUGCUGGUAAUAAUGAGUCUGGUUUAUGGGACUAUCUAGGCCUGUGGCCAAAAAUGUAUCUGAAAGAAUCAAUUAGUUAUUCUAGGGUAGGAUUACAGGGACAUUUGCUUUCUGUGUUAUACAUUUGCUUUCUGUGUUGGUACAGUUGAAAAUUUUGUGAUGACUCUAUUGUUUCUGUAACCACACAAAAAAAUAAAGAUCUUAAAAAUCUA